ACCGCAGAGAGUUUGCCAAGAGACUGUGUGAGGCCAACGGGGCCGCCGAGCCCCCGCCGCCGGGACGGGGACGGAGCCGUUCCCCAGCCGGGACGGGCAGCGCCGCGGCCGUGGGAGCCCCGUGGGAGCCCCCACGCUGCCGGGACGGGCAGUGGGAAGGGAGCAGACCCAUGAAGCUCCUCCAAGCCGGGGCACGGGGGACGGAGCGAAGCUGCCACGGCUGAGCUCAGCACCGCGGCACGGAGACCCUCCGGGGCCCGGCACAGCCACGGGACGUGGAUGCUGGAGCAGGAAGAUGCAGUGCGGAGCCUGCGCUCAGGCGGUGCUGGUGCUGAUGACCCUCUCCCUCGGCUUUGCAGCUGAUGAGCUGCUGUGCGCCUGCGACGUGCCCCACUGCAGCCUGCCCACCUGCACGGGCAAGGUGUGCUUCGUCAGCAAGAGGAAAGAGGAGGGCACCAUCACCCAGCACAGGGGCUGCUUCUCCCAGAACAUCCUGGAGAACUGCCACACGCCCGUGAUGGAGCAGUACGGCAUGAGGUGCUGCAACUCCAGCAUGUGCAACGCCGAGCUGGACAUCUUCCUGCAAGGAGAAGAGGCUCUGGGAAAGGUGCCUUCCCUGCCCAACCUCCUCCUGAUGAUCUUCGUCCCGCUGCUCGCCCUCCUCGUCCUCGCGGCGCUCACGGCGCUUUUCUGCUGGAAGGUGGCCCAGCACCGCCACAGGAAAAGCGACCUGGGAGACACAGACCUCAUGCUGAAGACAUCCAUGGUGGGAGACAGCACUGUGGAGGACCUGCUGAACGACGACUGCACCACGGGCAGCGGCUCGGGGCUGCCCUUCCUCGUCCAGCGCACGGUGGCUCGGCAGAUCACCCUCGUGGAGUGUGUGGGCAAAGGACGCUAUGGCGAGGUGUGGCGAGGUGUGUGGCACGGGGAGAGCGUGGCUGUCAAGAUCUUCUCCUCCCGGGACGAGCAGUCGUGGUUCCGUGAGACAGAGAUCUACAACACCGUCCUCCUCCGGCACGACAACAUCCUGGGCUUCAUCGCCUCUGACAUGACAUCGAGGAACUCCAGCACUCAGCUCUGGCUCAUCACCCACUACCACGAGAACGGCUCCCUCUAUGACUACCUGCAGAGGACGGCCCUGGAUGUGGAAACCUGCCUGGGUUUGGCCUCCUCCAUCAUCUGUGGCCUUGUCCAUCUCCACGUGGAGAUCUUUGGCACCCAGGGCAAACCUGCCAUCGCCCACCGGGACCUGAAGAGCAGGAACAUCUUGGUGAAGAGCAACCAGCAAUGCUGCAUCGCAGACCUGGGGCUGGCUGUCAUGCACUCCCAGGGCAGCGACUACCUGGACAUCGGCAACAACCCUCGGGUGGGCACCAAGCGCUACAUGGCUCCCGAGGUGCUGAGUGAGCAGAUCCGCACCGACUGCUUCGAGUCCUACAAGAAAACCGACAUCUGGGCUUUCGGGCUGGUGCUCUGGGAGAUCACCCGGCGGACGGUGGUGAAUGGCAUCGUGGAGGAGUACCGGCCACCCUUCUUUGACGCCGUCCCCAGCGACCCCAGCUUCGAGGACAUGAAGAAGGUGGUUUGUGUGGACCAGCAGACCCCUGUGAUCCCCAACCGCCUCUUCUGUGACCCGGUUUUGUCAGCGCUGGCAAAGACCAUGAAGGAGUGCUGGUACCAGAGCCCCUCGGCCCGCCUCACCGCUCUGAGGAUUAAAAAGACCCUCAAAAAGCUGAACAACAACCUGGAAAAGCCCAAACCUGAGCAGUGAGCACCAGGAACACACCAGAGUGGCUGCAGCGGGGAUGGCAGCGGAGACAACGCCGGGACAUCUCCCAGUCACAGAGAGGGGUUUGCUCUCAGCCCCCACCUUUCCCACCCUUCCUUGGAGCCUUUUUCAUUUGCAAGGAGAGAAAAAAUAGGAGGGGAAAAAAAACACCACCCCCAAGCAUGGGAAGAAUCUUCCAGCUUGCUUAUAAAAAUACCCCCUGAAUCUGUCAUCUGACGCCGACCCGUCUCGCCGUGGUGGCAGCGGGCGCCUGGGGCUGGUGGCCCACCUCGAGCCCCCCCUGGCUGGAUGCCAUGGCCAAGGGGCAAGCAGGUGCUGGAGCAUCACUGCCUGCCACAGCCCCCGAGGUUGGGAAGGCACCCAACUCCAGCAAGGCAGGCAGGCAGCGGGGUGCUGCCCAAACCUGCCUGCCCGGCGCGUUGGCACCGGGGAUGCCACGGGCUUGGCGGCAGCAGAAGGAAUUCCCCGGCAGGGCUGCGGUGCCCAGCGUGCCUCUGGUCUGGAUUUUGCUGGGAAAGGAUGGUCCAAGAGCAGAGUCUGCUCCAGGUCAGACCAAAUCUGCACCUCAGCACCUCUCGGGGCUGCCCAGGAUGAGGAACCAGCAGCACCAAGCAGCACCUGAGCACCCCGUAGGACCUGCGAAGACGAUGCAUCCCGCAGCCGUGGUGGCCUGAUGCUCCCCCACUUUGCAGCCAGCAGAUCCCCUUUCUGAGCCCUUUUGGUCUUUGGCACCAUUUUGGUGUUUUCCAACGUGUUUUGGUGUUUUCUGACGUGUUUUGGUGCAUCCCCACAGCUGGCUCUGACCCGCACCACUCGCCUCCAUCCCCAAAGCACCCCACGCUCGGGGCUGUUUGGACAGAACCAGGAUGUUCAGCAGCAGAACCAGCUUUGCUCCAUAAUUAUUUAAUUAUUAAGAUUUAAUAUAUUUAAUAAAGUGUAAAGCUAUUUUAUUGCUUAA